CAAUAUGUAGCAUUGUGAGAACCAGACAACACACUACGAUAAAAACUGAAGUACUGCAAGAGAGAUUUUAGCGCAAUUAAUGGACGUAAAUGAAGCGAUUAGCUCCACGGUUGUAUAACAUUCCGAAAACCUAUCUUAAAGACAGAUUUGGAAGAUGAAUUGGAGUAAACGUUUUCGUGGACAUAUAUCACGAAAUGGCAGUCGUCAACACAUAUCUGCUGUUCAUAUCUGUUUCAUCUUGUGCAUUUUGGUGAACUUUGUAUCAAGCAAAUGUUUGGAUUCUGAGAAUGCUUUUCUUGCUAAAAAUGGACAAGGAAAUGAUGACAUGACCGAGAAGUUGAGCGAAAAUGACGCCAACUAUGAUUGGCAGUUGUCAACUGACAACGUUGACCUAUAUAGUAUUAUAAGCAGAUUAGACUUAGAAGAGAUAAUUGCAUCGAUGGAAAAUAUGUCAAGCGAUGUGGGAGAGACCAGUGUUUCCAGAAGACCAAAGCGAUCAGUUGAUAGAGUACCUAAGGUCAGUUCACAAAAAGUUACGACAAGAAAAUAUGCGGAGACAAUGCCGUAUGCUGCCACUGUGAUGAUUUCAAGCAAAUGCACUGGAACGUUAAUUAGUCCAAAGCACGUACUUACAGCAGCACAUUGCGUAUUCAAUAAAAGAAGGAAAGUGAAAAAAUUACGAGUUGGUAUCGUGCGUAAGAAGGGCCGUCCAAAAUGGAGGAAGGUGCGCAAAGUAUAUGUUGAUAAAAGCUGGCACAAACUAACCAGAAUACCCUCAAAAAGAUCAAAGCAUGAUUAUGCAGUUUUGGAAAUUGGAAAAACUUUUCCGCGACCACAUAUGACUCCAAUUGUGUUCAACGAGCACGAUAGUAAUGUCUUACAAUUCAAUGGUUUCCCGAUAAAUAAAAAAGAUAAUACAAUGUGGAACUCUCGUUGUACUUCUAAGCACAUAUACAACGGCUUGCUGAUGAAUUACUGUUAUAUGUCGCCGGGCAUGUCGGGAUCUGGUGCCUACUUGAAAUUAUCAAAUGAUAGCUACGGAGUAAGAGGACUUGUGAUUGCCUCCGUUAAAUUGAGACUAAGAAACCGCAUUUGGAUAUUUAGUGUAAUAAAUCCAAUAACGGAAAGUAAAAAAAGAAACAUUUGCAGAUGGAUAAAAGAUGAGAGCAAUUGUUGAAUUUACAUGUAGUCCUAUACAGAGAUUGAAAAGAUAUCGCUACACUAAAAUGAAGUCGAUAUACAAUGGUCUCUCAUUAGAAACAAUGAACCACAUCAUGAACCACUAUCCAUAAAAACUUGUAUAAUAUCCAUGCUUACUGUACAUGCAUUUGAUAUUUUGAACUGUAUGGUGAUGCUGUUAUAAAAUUGAAGUCUUUAAAUUCUAUUAUUAUUUCAAUAUUCGAUUACUAAGUAUGCCCACUCAUAGAAUAGUGAAUAGAUGUGUGUAAUACAUGAGAUAAUUUAUUGCUUAAGUAAAAAAUAAAAUAUCAGAGGAAGAAUAUAAACAACAAUCUGUGUACAUACAUGAAGUAUAACCAAUAUCGUAGGAAUAGUAUUCAUCACUUUUCAAUUGUAAUGUUUUCAUGAUGUAUUUUAAAAAUUAAAUUGAUUCUACUCACGUGUGCAA